UUAGGCAGCCAGCACAAGCCAGCUCUGGGCUUGUGGGUGUCAGAGCCGACGGCAUGGGCGACACAGCUCCAGACACGGGCCAGCAGGAGCCGUAUCUGUACCGGAGAAGGACUAAAUGUUCCCCGGAGGAAGAGGCCAGGCUGGAAAGGCAGCAUUUCUGGAAAAUUAUCGAUGCGUUUAGAUAUUACAGAACCCACAUUAAGGAACGUGUGAACCGGACCGAGCGGCAGUUCCGCAGUCUUCCUCAAAAGCACCAGCAGCUCAUGUCUGGCUUUCUUCCCAAUCUGGCCAAGAUCCGCCGCUGUGUGGACCAGAACCAUGAAGUUCUACAGGCUAUCGUGCAAAACUGCCUCCACAUGUUUGAGAACAUUGAGUACGGAGAGGAAGGAAGUACAAGGAAAGCUGGACCGUCUUCAACGUUCGACAUGGACAAGCUGAAAUCCACCAUCAAGCAGUUUGUUCGUGAUUGGAGUGAAGCUGGGAAAGCUGAGAGGGACACCUGCUACACUCCUAUCAUAGAGGAGAUACAGAGACAGUUCCCACCUGACCAGUGCAACGUCUCUGAAGUGAACGUCCUGGUACCCGGGGCCGGUCUCGGCAGGCUGGCGUGGGAAAUCGCCCGUCUGGGUUACGCCUGCCAGGGAAAUGAAUGGAGUUUCUUUAUGCUUUUCUCCUCCAACUUUGUUCUUAACAGGUGUGAAAAGGAGAAUGCACUGAUGUUGUAUCCCUGGAUUCAUCAGUUCAGCAACAACAAACUGUCUGCUGAUCAGACGAGGCCAAUUUCCUUCCCAGAUGUCAACCCUCAGAGUCUUCCACCUGACUCAGACUUCUCCAUGACUGCUGGGGACUUCCUGGAAGUGUAUACUGAUCCAGAUACGUGGGAUUGUGUUGCCACCUGCUUCUUCAUCGACACCGCCCAUAACGUCAUCGACUACAUUGAGACCAUCUGGAAUAUUCUUAAACCCGGCGGUGUUUGGAUUAAUCUGGGUCCCCUUCUGUACCAUUUUGAAAAUAUGGCCAAUGAGUUAUCGAUCGAGCUGAGCUAUGAGGACAUUAAAGCUGUUAUGUUGAAAUUUGGAUUUCAACUAGAGGUGGAAAGAGAGUCAGUGCUCACCACAUACACAGAGAACGAUCGCUCCAUGCUGAAGUUCUUGUAUGACUGUGUGUUUUUUGUGGUGCGUAAACCCAAGGACAUUAUUUCCAACGGCACCCUCUCCCCUAAAGACAGCCAGCUGGACGACUCAGUACAGAAAAGAGAAUCGGCAACAACGUGACCCUGGACCAACCAAAGCCUAUGGUGCACUGCAGUGCCUCAGACACAUUUACAUCACAGGCAUGGAGUCUUUUUUUAUACCUAGAAUAUUGAAUUCUUUCAGCUUAGACAUACAGUACAGGCCAAAAGUUUGGGCACACCUUCUCUUUUUCAGUGAGUUUCCUUUAUUUUCAUGACUAUUUACAUUGUAGAUUCUCACUGAAGCAUCAAAAAAUAUGAAUGAACACGUGGAGUUUUGUACUUAACAAAAAAAGGUGAAAUAACUAAAAAAUAUAUAUAUUCUAGUUUCUUUAAAAUAGCCACCCUUUGCUCUGAUUACUGCUUUGCACACUCUUGGCAUCAUUCUCUCAAUGAGCUUCAAGAGGUGGUCACCUGAAAUAGUUACUGUUUUUCAACAGUCUUGAAGGAAGGAAGGAGUUCUCAGAGGUGUUUAUUAGCACUUGUUGCUCCUUUGUCUUCUUCACUCUGUGCUCCAGCUCACCCCAAACCAUCUGGAUUGGGUUCAGGUCCGGUGACUGUGGAGGUUCAGCUCAUUUUUUGUUAAGUACAUAAAACUCCACAUGUGUUCAUUCAUAGUUUUGAUGCUUCAGUGAGAAUCUACAAUGUAAAUCGUCAUGAAAAUAAAGAAAACUCAUUGAAUGAGAAGGUGUGUGCAAACUUUUGGCCUGUACUGAAUGUUAUUUCUCAGCUCCAGUUCUGAGCACUCUGGUUUGGUUUUCAAAAGUUAAUUUUAAUUUAAAAGGCAACUUCUACAGGAUCAAAUACAAAUACUACUUCUGGAUCAUGUACAAAAAAACAUUUCCAUUAAUACUGAAUACUGGACUAAGACCAAAUUCCUAGGCUGUAUUGUGGCUAACAUGUCAUGUAUCCAAAGCUUAGCAGUAACCUAUGAUUACAUCUAUACUGAUAAUAAUCAACACAAUGUACAAAUGUACACACUGUAAAUAGAGGCCUUAAGCACACAUUUAUCAAAUCUUAAUCAAGACCAGAGUACACUGACCCAGCGAACACCACAUCUUGUCGUGUCUAUCCAAUAGACACAAUGGAGAGAUAUAAGAAUCAUACUGGCUAAGACUCACUUUGGGUUUAAUUUAUUUGACUACACUAAGACCUUAUGCUUGGUGAAACAAAGCACCACAUGGUAAACUCUUCUAAUGAAUUAACUUUUAUACUAUGAUCACACAGCAGGUGAAAAUGACCCAAAUUUGAAGUUUAUAUUAGGUUGCUCACACUGUCUUUGAGAUGAGAUCUGUAACUGAUUUACAUGCGCUAAACAGUAAAGCUUCACAUGAAGUUUCAGUUUCAUCCUUGGCCGAGUCAUUGGAACUAUGAAAAGGUUUUUUUUUUUUUUUUUUUUUU